AUGAAGCUCACCGAAGACGACCUCUACCGCAGCUCGACCCAAUACCGGAACUGGUCCUUUACCCGCGCCCAGCUCGCCGACCAGCGCCUGCGCAUCAACCUCCAGGCCACGGAGCGCGUCAAGGCGAACCUCGCGCGCGUGCGGGCCCAGCGCGCCCACGAUGCCCUGGACAAUGACGCCGCCGAGGUGAACUGCCUGACUGCCGACGAAGAGCUCAAGAUUGUCGACGAGUUCUGCGAGCGCGCCAUCGCCCUCGGAAACCACUACAGCUUCCCAUUGAACGUGGUGGCCACAUGCAUCCAGUUCAUGCGCCGCUUCUACCUCUACAACUCGCCCAUGACGUACCACGUCAACACCAUCCUGCGCACCAUCAUGUUCAUGGCCACCAAGAUUGAGCUCUUCAACAUCCACGUCUCGCAGUAUGCCGAGGGCGCCGGCCGCAAUGUCACCACCGAAGACGUCCUGGCCCCCGAGUACAUCAUCAUGCAAGGCCUGCGCUACAACCUCGACGUGCGCCAUCCCUUUCGCGCCCUCAAAGCCGGACACAUGGAGCUGCUGGAAAUGGUCCACGCCAAGUACCAGGGUCCCGCCCAGGGCAUGACCCCCAAAGAUAUCCAGACCAAGAUUCUCUCGCUGCCCCUCAAACCCGGAGCCACGGCCAUCAAGAUGCCCGAGAAGAAAGUCGAAGAGAGAAUCCACGCCGCAUACGGCACUACUACAAACACGCUGCGCACCAUUGCCGUCCUGACAGACGCCUACUUUCUCUACACGCCCUCGCAAAUCUGGCUGUCUGCCCACCUCCUCGCCGACGAGCCCCUCACCCUCUUCUACCUCUCCACCAAACUCCCCCCUUCUCACCCCCACCACGAAAAGCUCCUCGCCACCCUGCGCGCAUGUGCCUCGCUCAUCUCCUCGCACCGCCUCUACGUCAACGCCACGCUGCCCGCCGCCGAGCGCGACGCCCGCGAAGCAAAGCACAAAGCCCAAGUCAAAGCCCUCGUCCAGAAACUCAAAAACUGCCGUGACCCCGACAAAGUCGACCUGGUCAAACUCAACCAGGCCCAGAAGCGAGAUGCAGUCCAGGGCGACGCCCUCGAAGAAAGCAAGGCCAAGCGACGGAAACUGGCGCGCGAGGGCUACGAAAAAGAAGCCGAUGCUUUCUGGGGUCCUGAACUGGCAAGAUCUGCGUCGGAGAAGAAGGAGUAAUUCUGAAUUCGAUCCAAGUGUGACUGGGAAUGUGCAUGAUAGGGGAUAGGGGCGUUUGUGAAAAUCGGGGCAUGGCGUUUUUCCGGUCUAUUCAAAAAACCAAAACACGAGGAGGGCAGUCUUCGUUUUUUUGGGGGGUUUUGUUUUGUUUGUUUGUAAUGAUACCAUGAAACGAAGAAAGCUCGUUUGAUUUUACAGAGUACAGAGCAAAUCUGGAGUUGGAUGGGC